UACAAAGCAACCAUGGGCAAAGUAUUUCUGGUAUCGGCUCUGGCCCUGCUGCUCCAUGUGCAGCUUGGCUCCUCCUAUAUCUUGUCAUGCUACUUCACCAACUGGGCACAGUAUAGACCGCCGCCCACCAUCUACAUGCCCAAUGACAUCGACCCCUGUCUUUGUACCCACCUGCUCUAUGCCUUCGCCACCAUGAAGAACAACCAGCUGGCCACCUACGAGUGGAACGACGUGGAGCUCUAUAGCCAGUUCAAUGCCCUGAAGAACCAGAAUGGAAACCUGAAGACUUUGCUGUCUGUUGGAGGGUGGAACUUUGGCUCCUCUGGAUUCUCUGCUAUGGUGGCCAGCCCUACCAAUCGUAAGACUUUCAUUGACUCCGUCAUUGUUUUCCUGAGGAAGUAUGAGUUUGAUGGUCUGGACAUCGACUGGGAAUACCCCGCCAACAGGGGGAGCCCUCCACAGGAUAAGCAACUCUACUCUGUCCUCUUGCAGGAAAUGAGGGCUGCCUUCGAGGCAGAGGCCAAGCAGAGUAACAGGGCCCGCCUCCUGCUGUCUGCUGCUGUCUCCUCUGGGCGUGGCACCAUCGAAACAGCCUAUCAGAUCCCUCAGCUUGGACAGGCUCUGGAUAUGAUCAAUGUAAUGACCUAUGACAUGCAUGGCUCCUGGGAUCCCUUCACUGGAGAGUGCAGCCCCCUGUACAGGGGACCCGCAGACCAGGGUGGCUACAUCUACUUCAAUGUGGACUACGCCAUGCACUACUGGCAGAGCAACGGCGCUCCCGCGGAGAAGCUGCUGGUGGGCUUCCCCACCUACGGCAACACCUUCACGCUGACGAACCCCGCUAACCACGGCGUCGGUGCACCCAUCUCUGGUGCUGGAACUCCCGGAAAGUACACGCAGGAAGCCGGAGAGCUGGCAUACUUUGAGAUCUGUGGCUUCCUGCAAGGAGCUACUGAAGUUUGGAACAGCCCUCAGGAUGUGCCCUAUGCCUACAAAGGAAAUCAGUGGGUGGGCUACGACAAUGUCAAGAGCUUUGAGAUCAAGGCUCAGUGGCUGAUGAAGAAUAACUAUGGAGGGGCCAUGGUAUGGACCAUCGACAUGGACGACUACCUGGGAACCUUCUGCAACCAGGGCAAAUACCCACUAAUCAGCGUUCUCCACAAAGCUUUUGGCCUGGACCAAGCAAGCUGCAAACCCCCUGCUACUCCCCUGCCCCCCAUCAAAGGAGUGACCACUGAUGGAGGCAGCUCUGGGGAGAGCUCCAGUGGAGGCAGCUCUAGUGGAGGCAGCUCCAGCGGAGGUGCCAGUGGAAGCAGCUCCAGCGGCACUAGUGGCAUGGACAGCACCUUCUGUGUUGGCAAGGCCAACGGACUGUACCCUGACCCCUCCAACAAGAACCAGUUCUAUCAGUGUCUCGGAGGCAAGACCUACUUCCAGAACUGUGCUGCUGGUCUGGUCUUUGAUACCAGCUGCUCCUGCUGUAACUGGGCAUAG